AUGUCCUUUAGUGCGACAGGCCGUCUCGACCCGUCAACAAACCCCGAGUCCAAGGCAAUGGACUCCCUUGCCAGCGGAGAGUCUUUCGGCAUGGGACCGGCGAACCAUUCACCGUUCAGAUUCACCGACGACUCGAUAAUCUCUGUCCCAGUCAUGAGACCGGAGGACGUCUCCCGUCAAGCUGUUUCAAAUACACCUCCACCUUCGGACACGACGGAUCAUGGGAGGGAGAAAGCGCAAGGCAAGAAAUUCUCUCUUUUUCCCCGCAGACAUUCAAAAGAUAAGUCGGGCGAGAACUUCACCAUGCGCCAGAUCCCUCGCCGCGAGUAUCUGGCGCGAUAUGCGAAGGACGAGGAGGGCAGGUAUAUUGGCACCCAAGACCCGGCCGAAGACUGUAUCCUUCAUGGCGAAGAUCUGGUCAGGUUCCGUGGCAAGCGGCAGGCGGACUUUCGCACCGAAAUUCAUGAAACCGAGGGCGCUGGGGGUGAGACGCCGGAUGCUGACGAUGGUGGGAAAAAGAAUAAAAGAGGACUGCUUCGAGGACUGAGAGGGGCUGAUGCCGGAGAUGAGGUUAUUCGCUGA